AGUUUUCCACAGCCACAAGUUACGUGGUUCAGAGAUGGCAGAAAGAUCCCUCCAAGCAACCGCAUCGCCAUCACCAAGGAGAACACUCUGGUGCUCCUGUCCAGCGUGGCCCCCGAUGCCGGACGCUACUACGUGCAAGCUGUCAAUGACAAGAAUGGCGACAACAAGACCAGCCAACCAAUUACAGUCAUAGUGGAAACAGAUGUCGGUGGACCCGCAGACCCGAUUGCUCCCGUUAUUGUCAUUGCGCCUCAGAACACCAGCGUGGUGUCCGGGACCUCUGAGGUGAUGAUGGAGUGCGUGGCCAAUGCCAGACCCCUUGCCAAGCUAAAUAUACUAUGGAAGAAGGAUGGAUCUCUUGUCUCCAGCGGG